AUGGGUGCAGACAAGAAGAUUCCAGUGACUGAUCAGCUAGAACUUCUAUCUACUGGCGUCAGAGGAUAUCUUGGCCAAGUGAAAGAUGGCCCUCGACUAUUCACAGACCAACUUACAACUCUGGGAGAAGCGGUUGCUCAAUAUAUCCGAGAUGGCUACUACAAACCUCAAUACAAUUUUGCUCUUCUCGAUGCGUUCCUUGCGAAAGACGACGGAUUACUCUCGUUGCAAGAAAUACUAGUUGACAGGGGCUCCAGUAUCAGUCUUCUUCGUCUUUUAUCCAUUAUCCCUUUCCCUACUCCAGAUCGAAGUGUUUACGUGUGGAGUAAAUCUAUCACAGACGAUAGCCACGAUGAAGACACCCCCAUAAUUUCUAAUCUCGAAUGCCCAUCACUCCUACAAAAAGUAUUAAAUCGCACUCCAGUACCUCUUACCAACACUCAUGAUCUGCACGGUGAAACACCUCUUCAUUACGCUUGUGCUGCAUGCGAAAUCCACGCUAUAGAGGCCCUCCUAUCUGCAGGUGCGGAUCCUCAUGCUCAAAACAAUUUUGGUCUUCGUCCUAUUGACGUUUUAUGCUGGACUAGAAUUUACUGCGGAGGCCAAAGUUUUCGGGCAAAGGAAAUGAAAGAAAAUCAAACGAAAGAAUCGGCUGUUCACAAGGGAUAUACAUUAGGAAUGAAGAGGGCAUUUGACGUCUUUGAAAAUAGGGGAUGUGUUGUAGAUGCGAGGCUAAAGAGCUUAGCUCCAGUGUGGGGAGUUCUGAGAGAGAGAUACGCGUCGGAGGAGAGAGGGCUGGGAUUGAAAAAGAUGAAUGAUCCGAAGGAGGAAAAUGGGGGUGAAAAGGAUAAACAGCACGACAAGAAUGACAAUGUUGACGAGGAAGUAGACGUCGACAAACAUAUAAGUUUCGCCAUGAACUACGGAGUCCUCCAAGAAUACUACUCUACAAACUGGACGCUCAAAGGAAACCUCGCCAUAACCGGUAUCAUUGGUACCACCUCCAACGGCGUCAUGUACCUCUCUAUGCCUUUUCUUUUUCUACUCUUCACCAAGCGCUGGGCCCGCUAUCGACAAACCGCUGCUCUAGCCGGCGCCCUCCUCGCAUGUCUCAGCUUCGUGCUCUCAGCAUGGAGUACACACGUCUGGCAUUUGGCAGUCACCCAAGGCAUCUUCUCUUCAUUCGGCUGCGCUCUAAUAUACAGUCCCACCACCUUAUCCCUCGGAGAAUGGUAUUCUACCAGCAACCGCGCCGUUGCAUAUGGCAUCGUCCUAUCCUGCAAAAACAUCGUCGGUUCCGCAUGUCCAUUUCUCCUACGCGUAUUACUCGAUACCUAUGGAUUUCGCACUACGUUGCGCAUCUGGGCUGCUCUCCUUAUUGGAACAAGUAUCCCCGCUAUCUAUCUAAUUCCCACGCAUCCCUCCAACAUUUCCUCGCCGCAUCAACGAACCCGGAAAAUUCCCUGGGAAUUUCUCCAUCAUCGAACCUUCUGGAUCUACACCAUCGCCAUCAUUCUUCAAAGCAGCGGCUACGGAAUCCCGCAAACAUAUCUCAAUACCUACGCUCACGACGUGACACUGCUUUCUCAAACCACCGCGACUCUCCUACUCACCCUCUUCAAUAUCCCCGGCGUGCUGUCCUCCUUUUUCUUCGGAUACCUAAGCGAUAAUAAACGAUUCCCCCUCUCCGCCACAACCGUAACAUCCAUCUCCGCGCUCGCAUCCGCGCUCUCCGCAUUCUUAUUCUGGGGUUUGACGUCCCAAGGAAGUAUGGCACUACUGGUUCUCUUUUCUCUAACCUUUGGUUUUUUCGCCGGCGGGUACAGUGCGACAUGGGGCGGGAUUCUGAAGGAAAUGGAGCGAGAAGCCGCGGAGAGGAAUGAACCGAUCGAUACCGGUGUGCUCUAUGGGCUUUUGAAUGGAGCGAGAGGAAUUGGUUAUGUGAGUGGUGGGUUAGCGGGCGUGCCAUUGUUGAAAGCGGGAAGUGUAGGAGCAGGCUUGGGUCAUUUUGGGUAUGGGACGAGUUAUGGGCCGCUGAUUAUUUUCACGGGGUUGUCGUCUGUGUUUGGGGGUUGGGGAUUGUUGUGGAAAUGGAAGAAGUGGUUUCAUUUUUCGUAG